AUGAGCCUACUGGAUUCUAAUCAGCUCAACAACCCAUUAAUGCGUGGGCGAGCUCUCCGGGGAUUCACCAAACCGUGGGAUCUUUUCAAUCCAGCAACGCUUUCGAUUGUAAACGAGGACAUUUGCCUCCGUCGCGAUUCGAUGUCAAUCGUUGUGCUUGGAACAUCGCAUAUCUAUCCCUCAGCCCUCGCUGCUGGGAUGGAUCUGCCGCUUCUAAAAAUGCUAGAGCUUGCCGUCGCCGAAAUUCAGCACCAGGACGAGCAAGUGUGGACAGUGAAGCAAGAUGAAAAUAACCGGCUGUGUCAUGACACAUGUCGUCCCCCUAUUGCCAGUCUCGAACUAUGA